GUACCUUCAAUCUAAGUUUUAGCUUCACAUUGUAACUCAGUAAACUUAAAUUUCACUUCCUCAUCUUACUUCUGCUACAAAUUUCACGGUGAAGAAAACAACUGAAUGACAAUGAGUGGUGAACGCAGCCUUUUUAUGGUCUAUGUGGUUUUCUUGCUUGUUUCUUUCUCUGUGAUACAAAUUAAUCAUGCAUUGGAACUAGCUAAGGAAGGUGGUUCUAUUCAAGAAAGAACCCUAAUUCCCAAGCAAAUAUACAUUAUCACUCCUGCUAGGAAAUUACUAAACCUGCCUGAGAAGAGAAUAGGGCCAACAUCAUGUUCAAAAGACAACAUCCUAGUAAACCAAGGUCCCUCAGGAACACUACCGAAUGGCAUUCCAACGUACACUGCCAUUGUCGAAAAUGUCUUGUCUCGGCAGGAAGUUGUAGCAUCUCCAACAUUCACUUGAGUUGUGGUUGGUUUAGUUCAGCAAGAUUAAUAAAUCCUACAAUUUUCAGAAGACUUAAAUAUAAUGAUUGUCUU